UAUUUAGUUUUAGCCGUAGUUUUAGUAAUGUGUCUUGUUAAAAAAAGGAAUAACACUAUAGUAAUUGUGGUUAGGUGCGUGAGAAGAAUCGGAAGUCAUCAGAAGAAAUCAAUGGGAUAUACAUAUUUGUUACAUUCACCCCAUUUGUGAACUAGAACGCGAAACUGUGUCAGGGAAAUAACAUCUGAAAGCGUUUUUUUACAUUAAAUGAUGAUCGUACUUAAACUUUGUUUUUAACGUUAUCACUUACUAAGAUUUAAUAGCGCUCUACUUAGUCGUGUUAUUUGUUUGUUCAUAUCGGUUUAAUUCAUUGUUAAACGAACUAAUCUUUUAACAAGUUACCAGUGAUGACAUAAAGCAACAUUGAUAUCAAAUCAACAAGCAAGAUAUUGAUAGCACUUUAAUUGAAGCGUUUACACUUUUAAUAUGUUAUAACUUAUUUGAAAUGCAGAUCCUUGAGGAAGAUAAAUAGAACAGUAUAAUCUGUAAAUAUAAGAGCUGUUGAACAAUUGUGAAAUCAAUUAACACUUAAAAGCGUUCGAACUUUGGAUAACCCUCUGUUUCAGGAAUUCUUUAGAUCCGGAAGAGAUAUCUUCAUUGUGUCGAUAACUAUUACGUAGCCCAGUCCAAAAGAAUAGAAGUGGUCAAUGUGGUUUAAUGAGUGAAAUAAUGAAUGAUAGUUAUGUGUGCUUGAGACAAUGAAGUGUGUAUAGAAGGAAAUAAAUUGUAGAACAUCCGCUAACUUAAUCGGACAAAUUUAAUAUAUUUCAGAUUGAAACUUAUAAGAAAAAGAAGAACAUUACAAAAUAUUUCGCCCCAUCAUCUACGGUUUUAAGCCCGCAUUUCAAUGCAAUGCGGGUUAGAUAAAAGUUGAAUGUAUACCCAAGUAAGAUACCCAGCGAGGUGAUUAUUCGGAUAGUAUGGAUGAGUUAUAAGCAUUAACGUCGAAACAGUGAACGAAUGGUAGGAUUAAAUUAACUUGAUAAAGUAAUGAGGCAAUCGGUAAGUACUUAAUGGCAAUAAAAUACAUUUUCCAGGAUUAAGUUAAUUGUCGGAAAAAUAAUAAAAACUGAUGUAAGUGAUACAAGUGUUCUUGCAUUGUGUGGUUACAUCAAUUAACGUAUAUCAGAAUUAGAUGAUAUUCGAACAUCUUCCUUAUAACUAUCAGCGCUUGGAUGAUCAAACAGCAGUUUUUUGUAUUUUGUUUGAUAUACUGUACAAAAAUGUUUGAAAUAACGUUUAGUAGAAUACUUACAGUUAGGAUGCACUGAAAGAUUCCCUCAGCGACAAAAUACUAUUUCAUACUUGUGUGCUGCUGUAUUUAGUGAAACGUGCGUAAUAAUUAAAAAAAACGUUUAAGUAAAUACAAAUAAAAUUUAUCUCAAUUUUUCAUUACAAAUGGUAAUACAUGUUCGCUAUUUCUCAAUAAGGUAUAUAAUCGUACGUCAUUAAGCUAAUUGAAAACAUAAUAACAUUUUACUACUUUUUUAUUCUAACAUUUCAUUUUUUAACUACGGAGCAAAGUGCGCAUAAUUCACUCGUUGUGUGAUUUAUAGAAAGAGAUAGUCAGUGUUCGUAUCUAACAGCUCGAGGAGACCGCAAAUGGUGGUCUGGGGUUAUUGUAACAUGGAUAAGUGUCCUAGAAUUAGAAGCGGAUUAAGUCGCCGGCGGAUUACACUGGCGUUGAUAAUAGAUGUCACACUGUUUCUGAUAGUGGGUAUCCCGGUUUUGUUUCUCUUCAUACGAGGAACGCCGUUCGAGAGAGGCUUUCAGUGUGACGACCCGGCACUCUCACUUCCCUACCGAGCCGAUACCGUCUCAACUUCCGUCCUAAUCAUCGCUGGCUACAGCGUCUCCAUUCUUUUGGUAUUGCUUGUGGAACUCUUGAAUGCAAUAGAGCAGAAGUGCCGCCAUCCGUGCAAUAAUGCAGAGGGACUAGUCUACUGUGUACGCGGUUACAGUGUCUUUCUCGUGGGUUUUGUGCUACAGCAGCUAAUUGUGGAAAUCGCGAAAAACCAGUUAGGUUCACUCCGACCUAACUUCUUUGACGUCUGCCGACCCCAAUACAACCGAUCACUUUGUCCAGAGUAUAUAAGGGAGUACACAUGCACCGGAAGUGAGUAUGGGGCAGACAAGAUUCGGGAGAGCCGCCAGUCGUUCCCUUCCGGCCACUCAUCUUUUUCAAUGUACAUCGCCAUUUAUUUUUCUUUUUACAUCCAAUGGCGGCUACAAGUGACAUUCUCCCGGAUUUUAAAACUGUUUCUACAGUUCGGACUUGUCUUCCUUUCGUUGAUGUCCGGUCUCGGCCGUAUCCAGGACAACAAGCACCACCCUUCUGACGUCAUCUUUGGUUUUCUCGUCGGUUUGUCUACAGCAAUACUACUGGUUGGUGAACAUUAUAUAGGUUUACAAUUUCACUUUGUCGGCAAGAAGCUUCUUACACCUUUUGAGGGUUCAGUCAAUAUUACUUACCGGUCAAAUGGCGAUCAACGUGACAGUUGUUGCACAUGCGGAACGAAUGUUCCAACAUUCGUUGAACCUCAAACAACCGAAUCAUUGCUACACAAUGAAUACUUUAGUGGCAAUGGAAGCGUACAUAGACACACGGCAUGCACUCUAAAAUUGAAUGAGAUACCAAAUUCAAGGCAUCAAAUGCCAACUCCUAUUACACCAGAUCAGCACGUUGAAGAAGUUUGACGUAUGCAAACAUUGAUUACAAUAAGACAUAUUCAAAAUAAUGGUUCGAAGUGAAUUUGUAACAAAAUUGAGGAUUUUACCAUAUCGACCAAAUCUACUUCGAUAGUAGUUCUGAUGAAAGAGAACAGGAUGUUUCGGAUGCACUAAAAAGUAGUAUUCAUGAUCAAGAUGAUGUAUCGUGUGCGAUAUCAGACGUGAUUUUAAAUUCGUUUGAAAAAAUAAAUGAAAGUGGCUGGUCCACUUUGAAGAAAGCUUUGAUACAACACUUGUCUGAAAUACCAGAUUUUCUAUAACUGUAAAAUGUUUUGUUUUUAUUCUUAGAGAUGUUAUUAUUAUAUAUUUACAAAAUAAAUUCGCAGCCAUUUG